AUGGAAGGAGCCUUUGGGCGAGCUUGUUUCCUCCUCAUCCACGGCAACUGCACCACCGUCAAGCAAAGAGAUAUGAGCAGGUUGGAAAGGCUUAAUGAAAGCGACCUGUGCAUCAAACGACAGACUACUCCUAUAAUGUUCGACAAUGCCGAGCAGGAGGAGGCCGCGAACGCCGCAGCGGAGACAGUACGCCACCCCGGCAACACGCCUAGGUUCUCACGCCCUGACUCAGACUGGCUGCGAAAGAAAGCCAUCUCUGCGGCUCUGAGAAACUACCCUGUCGAGCCUUCCGUCUACUCAGUUCCUAACCAGGAUGGAGGUAGACAAACUGACUCGGCCGCGUCGGGACUUCUGGAUGUGAGACCUCAAGUUUUGGUAGACUUCACACCUGCCCGUGAAACGGCGCAGCGCCGGGGCACUCAGAUUGAUUCUGGCGAUGCUCACGAGCUUCGGCAAAACUCGGUCGAAUAUACGGACGAUCUUGAGACCCUAUCCAACUAUUCUCUGCCCCAUCCAAUCUAUAAAUCGCGAGGGCCUCUGUUUCCACCCGGCGUGCGAGAUCGUUUCAACAAUAGAGUGGUUUUAUCUCCGGCCCAUGAUGCGCUCGAGGGAAGCGUUCAUGAGCAUACAUCGUUCCAGGGCAGCUAUACCCCGAUCAAAGAGUUGGCAGAGGAGAGAGCCCCGCCCACUAUCCGUCGUGGUUGCCAGGAAGUCAGCCCAGCAGUAUGGAGGCCUAGACCUGAAAAGCGUGCUUCCCCAACUAUCAGCAACCGGGACGACUGGCUGCUUCCUCACCCGUUCAAAAGCAAGGCCAACAUGCCAUCUCUGGGGACCAACGGAGAGUCGGAUGAUGAAAACUGCCCUCAGUCACCCACUAGCGGACGAAAUGAUGAGCUCGAUUCCUGUUUUGAGGAGCGCACGCACGAUUUUGGUGCAGAGGCGCCCUGCACUCCAACUCGACGGCGGGACAGCCGGACACCGAUACGAUCCCCAUACUUUGAGCGGGUACAUCGGCAGCCAUGGAGAACAGGCGACGGCUUUGAUACUCCAGAAAUCUCCGGUGUCAGCGACUGUGUCGGCAUCAAGUCUGACUCUGAGUCUGAUCAUGAUGAUGGCAGCCGCUUCGACCCUGGUCUGCCGCACGCAAGCAAGCCCCAAGUCGGGGAUGGAUUCAACGCGGUGACUUCCACGGAAUCUACCCAGGAUGACCGCGUCGUCUGCGCUAUAUCCGAAAGCCGAUCCUCCGAUGUGGUUGGCCUUGCAGUCAUCAACAUCACAACCGGGCGGGUAGAAAUCACCAGAAUCCUCAAUGACGACCGGUAUCAGCGUGUCAUUGAGGCACUCUGGAGAAUGGCAAGCCUGCCGCAGACAUUCCUGGUGUUGAAAAAGGUCGUUAGUGAGCAGAGCAAGUCACUGCUUGCGCAAUGUCUCAAAACAGAGUUUCCGGACGCCGAGAUCGUGCCCCUGGAUAGGCAGCACUGGAAUGAAUCUGAGGGACUGAGGAUGAUUGACCGGUUCGCAUGGAGGACGGAUGUCAAAGCAACUCGCUCUAAUCUCGAGCACAACUUCUAUGCAUCCUGCGCUUUCUCUGCGGUGAUGGCCUUUGUUGAAAAGGAAAUGAGUCUCAUCUUCAGGGAGAACUCGCUCCAUGUCAAGUACAUCCAACCCGUGAAUACGAUGGGGCUUGACCGGUCCACCGUAACCGCUUUGGAGAUUCUCCAAAAUCUUCGACAGGCCAAGAGCACAUCGUCGACUCUCUUUGGUUUGUUGAAUCACACGCUUACUCCACAAGGACGCCGACUACUCCGGUCAACACUUCUCCAGCCUAGUACAGACAAAGAUGUUAUUGUCGCUCGCCAUGAGGCUGUCGAGGAGCUGUCAUGCAAUGAAGCCCUUUUCAUGGAGCUUCGAGGAAGUCUCAAGAAACUCCUUCGCAUUGACAUUGAGCGUUCUAUUCCAUGGAUUGCCUUGCCUACCAAAGCAUCACGUCUUUCUUUACAAGAUGGGGUGGCACUGAUCGAAGGCCACCAUCAGAUCGCCAUGGCCAGCCACGAAGAACUCCAAGGAGCGGAGAAAGAUCUGAACAAUGUCCUUAUGAUCAAGGAGUAUAUUGUGAGGUUCCGAGGGCUCAGAGACGUUCUCGAAGCAGCGGAUUGUACCAGCCAAUUGUUAAAAUCGAUCGUGCAGAAGUGCAGCCCGGACCUCAUGGCUCCUAUAACGGCAUUGAUUGAAGAAACAAUCGAGCAACAGGCAACUUACAGCAAGGCACCUAUAGAUAUCAGAAACAAUAGGAUGUGGGCAGUCAAGGCCCCGGCCAAAAGUGUGUUGGAAGAAGCUCGCCAACUAUAUCAAGAUCGCACCAAUGACCUUCAUGACUACAUGGAACGCCUCAGCCAGAUCUUUCAAGAACAGUUGGGGGCAACUCCAGAACUCCGCCUUGCGAACAACAAUCACUACUACUUGCGGUUCCAAUGGUCUGACGUUGAGCGUGAAGUUAUGAGAUGCUUGGCUUUGGCAGACAACCAAAGGGCCAUCGGCACUCAGCACUGGAGACAGCGUUCUCUCGGUGGAGUUGAGAUUGUCAACGCCAGUCGGAGGAAGCAUCACUACCACUUUCAGACAAUAGAUCUCAUCCAGAUGAGCAGCCAGAUCCAACGGCAGGCCGAUAUUGUAACAGCGCAGAGCGACAAAGUCAUUACCGAGUUGAAGACAGCCUUGCUAGACCAUGUUGAGUGCCUGCUGGCAAUGAGCGAAGCAACGGCAAUGCUGGACAUGCUCGCCUCCUUCGUCCAGCUGGCCACUACUCAGAACUACGUUCGUCCGAUCAUUUCAGACAACUUGGUUCUCAAAGCAGCAAGAAACCCAAUUGCCGAGCUCAGAAAAACGAAUUUUGUAUCAAAUGACGUCUAUCUAGGGGAACAAGAUAUUCGGUUCCAACUCAUCACCGGAGGCAAUAUGAGUGGCAAGAGCACCUUCAUCAAAGCCGUUGCAAUGAUCCAGAUCAUGUCGCAAAUCGGCAGCUUUGUCCCAGCGCAGUAUGCCGCAAUUCCCAUUUGUGACAGGCUCUUUACCCGCUUGUCGACGGAAGACAGGCCAGAGAGCAACUUGGGCACCUUCGCAGUUGAGAUGACAGAGAUGAAUAUGAUUCUCCGGCAGGCUACCAGAGAUAGCUUUGUUGUGAUUGACGAACUUGGACGGGGGACUUCGACCAAGGAAGGGCUGGCCAUCGCCCUUGCAAUGUCGGAGAAGCUGAUCAAGAGAGGGUGCCGGGUGUUCUUUGCAACACACUUUACGGAACUUGCCAAGGUAUUGAACGCCACGAAUCGAAACAGCGUCUUGAACGUGCACCUCACCGGCGAAAGCAUCAGGGACGGUGACACUCUCCAGAUCAGCUUGCCGCACACUGUCGCCAGCGGGCCUAUCAGAAAUGAAGACUACGGUCUUGAUCUUGCCCGUCGCUAUCUCCCAGCACGAGUGGUCAACAACGCCGAACAGAUAUGCAAAUUCCUUCGCGAAAGACAAGCGAGUAAAGUUGCAGGUCCGGCUACUCGGGUGCUAAAACAGAACAAACUUGUACUCGCCCUUCCAGAUCUGCUGAAGCAGGCCUAUAACUCGAUCAUGGAUGACUCGGCCCUCGCAUCCUACCUGAAGAAGCUGCAAACUGAGUUCACCAUCAGGAUGAACACAGUCUCUGGAGAUAUUGCGGAGGUUGAGGGGCAUGGGCGUGGUCACCAGUUAGUUGAGCACCCCAUCUUGGAGAAACUCGAUGAAGCAGAUCUCCAGGCAUGGAAGAAGAAGUGCGAAGAGGCCGAGAAGAGGGUUAUGCAUGCCAACAUGGCCCACUCUCAGAACCGGAAACGCCCGGCUGUUGGGGAUGAAGGCGAGAACGAUCCGAGAAAGCGUAUGAGGGCCGAUACUCCCUCCGAGCCCGUCUCUACGCCGACCCCAAUAAAUCGCAGCUCCAUCAUUGAGAAACUCCGCAGGGAAGCAAACACGCCGAGCAACAGAGAGGACAGCCCAAGCAGCAGCAGCGUCACGAUGGAAAUUCAAGAGUCAAUCAUGGAAGACAGUCUCGCUUUCAACGAAGGCACUCCGCAGGGGAGCACUUCUGGCAACCCUGAGAAGCACUAUACGGCUGUCUCUAUCACCUCUGAUGAGUCCCCUCACGGUUCAGACGACGAAGUUGAUCUUAUCUGCGUUGCCAGUGACAAGACUAUUGAUAGCGAGCUUCCAGAGAUCCGCCAGCCACUUCAGCAAUUUCAGCCGCUCAAAAACUGGUAUGACCGCCAAAACCGGAACUCCAAUGCGGCAGGAACAGAAUCUCACGGAUUUGAGCCCCCGCGAGCUUCCGGAAUCAGUGUUCGGAGCCGGUCCCAAACACGGGACUUUUUGCAUGGCCUCGACGAGGAUUAGGGGAAAAUUAAGGGCAUAAAGGUCGCUGUCGGUCCUGAGAGCUCAUAUUUGGGAACUUGAAUGGGAUUUGAAAUGUAGGGAAGUACUU